UUGAAACAAGGGAUACCUAUGUACAAACUGCGAGAUCUUAAAGGUGACGCUAUUCAAGGAUUGUUUUAUACCUCAGAACUGCAAAAAGUUAACAAAGAUGAAAACAGUUUAUGGUUUAUUGAGCGGACUUUGAAAAAACGAAAAAGAAAUAACAAACUGCAGUACUUAGUGGAGUGGCAAGGAUUUCCUAAAACAUUUAACAGUUGGGUGGAUGCUGAUGAUAUCAAAGACAUAUCCGCAACGGUAACCUAAUUAUCAUGGAACGGUAUGUGUACAUAAGAAGCGAUGAAAGUAAAGCUUAUUUCUCGGAUAACCAAGUGUAUCGCUUUAAAGUGCAUUUGAAUUCAGUACUGAGUUUGAAUGGAACCUGGAGAGUCGCGCUUACGGAGUUUUAUGCAUCUGAAAACUCAAAAUUGAAAUCGGCAGAUGACGUUUUAUACAUUUACACCGAUUUAUGUAAAGAAAGCAUUGUGCAUGGAGCAGAACAACCGCUGUAACGACGGCUUGAGAAAAAUAAUGAACGAGGUUGGGAUUACAUUUUGGAUACUCCCUACUAUGUACCAGUGAAAAAGACGGAAGCCAGAGAAUUUCUUAUUUAUAUAAAAUCUAGCAGUGACACUUUAGCCACAGAGUUGAAGGAACCUGUAUACCUCACACUUCAUUUUAAACAAUAUCCUUUUUUGUGAAGAAGUAAAGAAAUGACAUUAAACGUUCCCAAUUCUCAAAAGUGGGUGGAUUUCUUUGAUCGCGUUAGUAGUGGAAAUGCAUCUCUCAACCAAUCUGGAGGUGGACGGCGUUUAUCAGUGAUACCAGUGAAUUACUCAAAACCGAUCGACGAUAACACCUACCCUAUAAAAGCGGUCCUACCGGCGGAGCAGACGACAGCGCAAGCCAAGUCUGAGCUUGGAAGACAGGAUAUAAACUCGAGUAGUGUUGUUGACAUGCUUCAGUCAUCCUCAAAAAGUCGACGUCGAGGGAUCAAACGCAAGCGAAGCUCCUCAAGAGGUCAUUCACCAACAAAGCGACGACGUUUAAGUGGUAAAACAAAGAGCGUUCAAAAAAAGAAGAACUCGAAAAAGAGUCAUUAUUCAGACAAAAGACAAAAGGACAUAUUUGAAAUGAAAUAGAAAAUGUCUGUGUUUAAUGAAGAAAAAUUUAAAGAAGGACUCGUUUCCGAACUGGCUUUGUUCGAUCUUCCCAGUACACAGACAAGUGUGACCAACAUCUACGAUGAGGAAAUUCGGCCAAUGUCGCAGACUUCUAGCGACGGUCCUUUUGAGUUCAGAAUUAGUGGUCAGAAUUCCAUGGAUUAUUUGGAUUUGAAAAAUUCGCGGCUGUUCGUGAAGGCGAAAAUCACCAAAGCGGAUGGUACCGCCAUAGGGGAUAAGUCGGCCAAUAAGGUCGGCCCCACAAAUCUGUUUCUACAAGCGUUGUUUUCCACUGUGGAAGUCACCCUUCAAAACAAAGCCACCAUCACGUGUAACUACAAUCCGUACAGAGCCUACAUUCCUACAAUCCUGAAAUAUGGACCAGACGCUAACAAUCAGCUGACUACACAGCUGUUCCAGAUGGAUGAUGCCGAUGCUCCAGACGUCACCGAUCCUAACGGUACUAACGAUGGACUCUUUGUGAGGAAUAAACUAGUGGCUGAUAGCAAGUCCGUCGAUAUGCAGGGGCCCAUUUUCCACGAUUUGUUCGAUAUGGACAGGUAUUUGCUGAAUGAAGUGGACGUGAAAGUCAAGCUGUACAGGAGUUCCAUCGAUUUCUGUUUAAUGGUUGGAGAUGCCGUGCCUUAUCGUUUGGUCAUUGAGGACAUUUACAUUCUUACACGAAAAAUUCGUGUGAACCCGGCUGUUAUAUAUGGUCAUUCCAAGAUUUUGGAAAAACAGAAUGCUCUGUACCCUUACAAUAAAACGGAGGUCAAGUCUGUCAGUAUUGCAACGGGCUCCACCACUUUCAGUUGGGAUAACAUGUAUCAGGGCAGACGUCCCAACAAAUUGAUUUUGGGUUUUGUCAAGAGUAAAGCUGUGAGUGGAGAUAUUAAAACCAAUCCCUUCAACUUUGAGAAUUGCAGCAUUCAGCAAAUCGCGGUGUAUUGUGACGGUCUCGCUGUUGAAAGCAACCCGCUUAAGUUGGACUUCUCCUCUACUGGUGGUACCUCGACCAUACGCCCUUACACCGACUUACUGAUGUCUGCAGGAAAAUGGAGACAGGAUGAAGGCAGUCAUUUAGACAGAGCUCACUAUAUCAGCGGUUCUACCUUGUUUGUUUUUGAACUUGAACCAGAUUUUUCACACCACGGCGAGUAUUUGUCUCUGGCUAAAACUGGGAACGUACGAUUAGAUGUCGUGUUCAAGGAUCCCUUGACAGAGCCCAUGAGCUGUAUCGUUUACAGUCAAGGUCCAGGAUAUUUCGAAGUGAACAAGGAGCGUGAUAUUAUACUGUCAUAAUGGACACCUCCCAGCUAACAUGUAUGAUUGACUGUGACCCUGUGUUAAAACACCGCGUGAUUGGUGUAUUUGCCGCUGACAAACUACCACAGAGUUUGCCAAACACCAGUUUUGGGUUUAUAUCCAACACUUUAGGUACGAGCACCAUCGCGCGAGCCAUAUUGUUCACAGUUCCUCCUCUAUGACCCGAAUAAAAGGUAGAAUGUAGUUGUGAUACUUUAAUAGUAAUUCUUUUCUCUUUUUUAAGGCAAUUCCUUUGCUAAUAAACUGACGAAUUACAAAUUUUCUUUUGCUUAAUCGCCGUUUCUCGAUAUCUCCCAAUGCGAUGUAGCCAUGCAUAAUGUUGUAUACAAUUUGCACAAUAGCCCUUAGCUGUGAGGAGUGUAUGCUAUUUAGUAAAACCUUUUUUUGUUUGUUGGAUGAAUGCAAAAGCAACAAUAAAUAGUAUUUUUCCCUUUUCACUAAUGAAUCCAUACUGAUUAUUUUUCGGGUUGAAACACUGUCAUUAACUGACCAGGUAAAACGUUCGUUCUUAGUUUAUAUUCAGGAUUGGAGUGAGGCGACAAAUCAAUCAGCAGGUAUCCGUAUUUUUCGGCAGUAGCUUUUUUGUAAGCAUCCAUAAAAUAUUUUACAUUACCCGGAAAAAAUUGUCUACCUAAGGUUUGAAUUUGCAUUUCAUCUCGACCAUUUUUAAACAGGAAAAAAUAGUGCGUGUUUAGACUUAUUGUACGAAACUCUCGUCCAGGGCAAAACGCAUUUUGACAAAUGAGAAGACAAAAGUACUUUAAAUGGUGGGUGUAUUUACAAUAAAUGUCAACCACAUCUUUACUUUUGGCGCAUUCGCUCAUCAUAUCGUCCAGGAUCAAGAUUUUUUCAUUGGGGUACUCCAUAUUCCAAGUUUCCAGUUCAGUUUUGGAAGGCAGUCCUUCAAAAAAAUGUCAUGUGCGGAAUAGCUUUCUUCAUUUCUGCGAAAAGAGGCUGAUCUACGCCAUAACAAUAGUAAAUGGCUUGGAUUGGUUUGGUGAAAGCUCCAUUGGCAUGUUUUAACAGUUGAAAGACGAAUGUACUCUUUCCCACAUUACUGGGUCCUAAAAUAAUCAAUACCAAUAAUAUUAUCAGUGUAUCAACGUGUGUUGUCUAAUUUUUUUUUAUUCAAACAAAAACAUUAUGUAAAAUAUAUAUUUUUGUGUUUCAUCUUAUAUUACGAUAAAACAAAAAUUCAAUAUUUUAGUAAUGUCGCUGUUUACUAAAAAAUAACUCUAACCUAUGACUUGCGCUGUCGAGUCGACUUCUAAUUUGACCAAACUUUCCAUAAUGGUGACUUACGAAUGAAUGAUUUUUAAACCAUACAUGACACCUUAUAUUAGAUCUCAAAAUAUUCAAUUAAAUAACGCAAUAGUUUUUUAAAUAAUUGUAUUGAUUACAUUACCAUCACCAACGUCAUACAAAUAUCUGAUUAUAUAUAUAUAAUACAAUAAUAAUAUAAUUUUUAUACAUAUACUAAAACACCCACAUAAUGAAUAGAAUUACAAAAACCAACUUACAACAGCAAAGAUAAAUAUGAUAAAGUACAAACAAAAUCAAUUUAAUUUUAAUCUUCUGUCUAGCACUACGACAUUUAUAGUCAUUUGUAAUAUCUUUAAUUUCCACGUCUCUGAUUUGUGAUAGCACUCUGAAUAAACUUUCCUUUCGAAACAUUGUUUUUCAUCUGGGAGAAUGUCUAAGGUGGAUAUUGCCGUUUCCCAUUCACGCAAUACGUUUUCUUUUUCUAUCAUGCAAAGAAUGUCGUCUAAGUACAUUUCCAGUUGUUGUUUCUUGGUAAGAACAAGACAAUCGUGCUUUAAUUGAGAUAAACAGGCAUUUUGACAACCGAAACAUUUUAUUCUAAACAUACAAUGCAUUUUGGAAGCGAUUUCCCUAGCAUAAAUAUAAUUAAAAAAAGACUCCAGUAAUAAUUCAUUGCUCAUCGUUCAUGUCACUGUAAAGGAACUAUAAUAUCAAAUGUCAAAAUUCACAGAUGAAAAUGCUCCAUAACUUCACGUUUUAUCAACACUUAAUUGUUUCAUUCCAACUCCGGUAAGUUUCAUGUAAUGACAUUCGCUAGAAUGUUUUUCGUGUUCCACUGCCGGUAUAUCACUAACGUCCCAUUCACUAAUUUUUACUCCGCAAGCAAAACACUCCACAGUGUCACCCUUUUCAGUGUAAAUGAAUCCCGCUCUUGCCAACUCGAAUUUAUCCUGCUUUAUUUGUUUUGGCCAAAGUAGAAAGGUGGCUAAGCGAGUCUCAUAUUUAGCAUAAUUGUUAUAUUUAACAGCACAUCCAAAAAGUACAGUUUCUUUCAUCGCAUUCAUUUUCAGAUACUCUAUUUCAUUGAUUUCUGAGUAGAGCAGUUGCAACGAUACUGGGCAAAAGGCAUUUGAUUACAGUCCGAAAUGGAAUAGGGACAUUGCCCGAUACCAUUCAAUACUUCAAUGGGCGAUCCUUUAUCAUCGUUUACCGAUGAAGUGUGUUGAGCUAUUGAAUUUGAGUCAGCGCUCUCCUCGACUAACCCUAAUUCAAAAUCCCAAUACGUGUUACACUCGGGUAAACCCAAUACAUUUUGGGUAGGUUCUUCCAUCACAUUCCACUCGAUAUUCUCGUUUGUUGACAGUGCCUUUGACGUUAACGUCUCUUGUGGAAUUUCUACAAUGUUAGUCCUUUGCUCGUUUGAUGAGGGUUCUACGGAUUGCAAUGCCUCAAGCUCGCUGUAUGAUGCAUUUUCAGUGACAGUCGCUAUCAUAUUCCCCUGGAUAAUACAUCGUGUAGAUUCAGAAGUAUUUUUAUGUGUUUUCCUUUUAUCAUCUGAAUGUUUGGCGCGCUUUUUUGUGGUAGACGGCUUCUUGCGUGUAUCACCAUUUUCAAAAUGUUUCUUAGUAAAGUGCGACCUGCUUCGUAUGUGUCGUGACACGUAAAAUUCCGUCAUCCAGGCAUUGCAUGGAGCACAAAAAAUUCUCUUAUGAUUAUCCUUGACCACUUUCAUCUCACGAUUAUCUUUGACUACUUCCAUAAUGCAUAAGUUUUGAUCACGAAAUAAAAUGUCAAGGGAUACAGCUUUUUUAACAAAUGCAGCUUUAGCUUAUAGAUACGCCUCCUAGAGCAUCCUUGGAUAUGAUUGGUUUAUAUGCCAUGUAUCAUUACAUACUCUCGUAGCAUACUAGAGGUUCAUGUACGUCAUUACCGCAUACCAUACAAUUUCUUUUUACAAUGACCUUAUUUGGUAAGCGUAAUUCUACUAAACAGGUAGUUUUGUUUUUUCUUACAUAUAAUACAAAAUCGCAUGUUAUUGUCUAUGUAAAAAGACAUUACUGUUCACGAUAAAAAGGAAAACUUUUUUCAAAUACUUCUUGAUCAAUACAAGUUAAACAUUUUUGAAACCAACUGACAUCUUUGAAUCUGGAGGAUAAAAGUCCAUCAAGUUUUCAAGUUUUACUAGAAAUAAACAGUCCUCACAAAUAAAAAUUCCAUUAUGACAUUUGAACUGGUGUAGACCAAUUGUACAAUACAUUUUUAUGAACUGCUAUCACAUUCAGAGACGGUACGCCACGUUAUUUCGUUCAACGAAUAUUCGUGAAAACACCAUCCGCGUUGAGCAGAUAACAAAGACACUUCUCUAAUGAUUGCAGAACAAUCUUCUUUAUCUUUCAAAGAAAACAGCAUAAUACCUUUUGCCGGAUAAAGAAAAGAAAUGCUUUCAAAAUGAAUCAUAUGAUCAGUUAAAUAACGUCGUAAUUUUUGGUGACAAUUACUAUCUGAAGUAAGUAAAUAUCUUAUGGGACAUACCGAGCUAUCGAAAAUAUCACACAUGUAUGUUUGUGUUUAUAAUAAUUUUAGGAGUCUAAAGGAGCGUUCACUAUUUCUCUAUAAUGUCUACGACCAUGCUGCACAUUUCUCAUUGGUAAGUAUAAAAUAGAGUCAGCGAGUCCUUGAUCAUUUACAAGUUCAAUGCAUGUAACUACAGUUAUAAAAUAUAAUCGACACUGAACACAACGACACAGUUUAACAGAUUGUCUAGCCAGAGAGAUAUAAGCGGAUUGUUUCAAAAGAUUGACUCGCUCGUUUCCACACCUCGGGCACUCAUCCAUGCUUGUUCACCUAAUACGGUUUAGGACGCUGCUGUCCUGCUCCCAUCUUGUUGUACUUUGUUGCACCGUUAGCGACUCCACUGUUAGCGGCUACUUUGUUAGCGGCUACACUGUUAGCGACUUCCUAAAAACAACAACAUAACUAUAAACAUUCUUAAUACACACUAUGUCAAGACAAGUUCUUUAUAAACAAAUUGUAACACCAUCCAUGCAAAAUUGAAACCUGGAUAUAUGUAAAUAUAUAUUUAAAAAAAAUAAAGUAAAUCUAUAUAUAUGACAAAAUAUAUCUAUAGAGAGAGAAAGAGAGAUUUCUAUAACAUUCUUACCAAUUUUUGUUCCACCUCUUCGGUCUGUUGAACCAUGAACGUCUCCUCUAGUGUGUUAAUGGCAUCUCGUAGAGCGAGCAUCUCUUUCCACUGAAGCCAUACGUACUUGGAGCGUUCUUUUAUUAACUGUCCGUUUUCAAACGCAUUGUCAUUAAUAUACACGUUCAAGUAUCCUCCGCUUGGCUUUACAGUGAUAUAUCCAAUACUUAAUCUCAUCGAUGUGUCCAUAAUUUUUACUUAAAAUUACAACGAGUUGCUUCAAGUUUUUAAGCGAAUAUGUCGACGAAAUAUUGACGAAAUGUAAGAACACCUCUUGCAUGUGUAGUGUUUUUGAAAAAAAAACUGUGGAUCUUUAUAUACAUUUCAAGGUAAGAAAAAACACGCCCAUCCACAAAGGAGGUAGACCAAUCAAAAAUCCACCAAUAGCAUCAUAUAAUUGAUAAAGAAUUUAAAAAAGAAGACUUUUUUUCUUUUGAAUCUUGACUCGAUCGUUAUUUAAAAAAACACAUUCUUUCACACGAACAACAUAACACCUGUUGUUAUUACGAAAUAAGUUAAUUUAAAAGCAUUCAGUGAUACCAUCUAAACGUAAAUUUUAAUUAAAACAUAGCGCCAACAAGUCUACACCUGAAGCUCGCUUAUUUUUAAAAAUUAUCACAUUUUUCAUAGUAAUAAGAAAACGCCUGUUAUUAAUAUAAUUUAAUUAAAAAUAUUCAGUGAUACCAUCUAAAAGUACACUUUUAAUUUUUUAAAGCACAGUUGUGGAAGAAACAUGUUUAGAUGCUGUUUCAGUGAACGUAAGAACUGAAGUCGAAGGUCAGAUGCCGGCGGAAGUUUAUGUAUCUGAAACAGCUGAAGCCGGAGGUCUGGUUUCGACGGAAGCUGAUGUAGAAUCAGCAGUCAGUCAAGGAACUAGAUCCAAAACAAAGAUAACUUGAAAUUCAAGUUAUCUUUGUUUUGGAUCUAAAAUACUUGAACUUUUUUUUAACUUUAUUCUUUAUUUCCUCCAAAUUUUGAAGAGUUACAAAAAGUACAAAACAUACAUAAUAUAUUACACAAAAUAGACAUGCAUAGAAUAUACAAUAAAUAAAAACAAACAUAUUUAAAGGACAGAACACAUUGUUAUACAUGUUGUAGGGCACUAUCAAAUUUUCAUAUUUGUUUUAUCAAUUGAAUGUUCGUAGUGAAAUGAAUAAGAUGUUCUUCGGAAGAUGAACAACUAUAGUUAGACUAAUAUGAAAUGUGUCUGAUUUUAAAAUAUUUAUGCGAAAUAAAAGGAAUAGAAAGCUCUUUAGCAAACUAAAUAUUUGGGAUUUAAUUCAAUGUAAAAAGUAACUGACUUUGGACAUUGUGGUCUGUUAAAAGCUAAUAAGAUAGUAGACUGAUAAAGCAUGUGUCUGUAUAGGUGAUUAACUAAUACCAUUUCAUAUCUGUUUAUCAUUUAAUUUACUGUACAUAUCAAAAGUAACUAAUUAUACAACUGUGCUGCCUGUCUCAUUCAUUUAAAAUGCGGCAUAAUACCAUAUAAUUAAUGUAUAUCAUUUUUUCUUAAUGUGUUAUAUAUUUAAGUGUUUUGUGACAUUCACAAGAAAAAUUGAUUGUGUGGUUUUCAUUUUUUUAAAAACAUGGAAAAUGUCAUAUUUAUAAUAUAAAAACACAUUCCUACUGUUAACAGGUUAAAACACCUACAGUUAUUCCAUUUUUAUCUAUUUAUAAUUGACCACUACAUUCCUUUUGUUUUUUUAUAAAACACAUUCCUACUGUCAACUGGUUAAAACACUUACUGCUAUUCCAUUUUUUAUCUCGAUCCCAUCUGACCUUUCUACCAGAUGGACGGUAAAAUCAUCCGCCACCAGUACUGCUGGCUCUGAAUUUCCAGUCUGCAAAAAACACACAAGCCUGUGUAAAUGUGCACUUAAAAUACUUUUUAUAACAAACCAAGUUUUUGAUGUGUACUUAAAUAUAAAACCAUUGGAGUUUUUUUGUAUUAUUUUUGUUCUUGUUUAAGUUGUGUUUAUAAGGUUGUCUCAUUUCAUAUGCAUACUGUUUAGAAUGACAGUUUUUUAUAUUAUCAUACUGUCAUGUGAGUUAUUUGCUGUUGUUAUACCCAUAUACAAUUCAUGUGUUAAACAUCA